AUUAUGUAGACACAAAAUGAAAACAGAUUCAGUUUAAAACAAAGUCAAUAAUAUGCAUAUGUGUUCAAAUAUACGUGUUUAUAGUUUAGUUAAAUACAUAAGUGCAAGUAUGAACCUUUCUGACGGAGUGAUGAAAAGUGUAAAAGAUGGUGUCGGGUGGUGGAUAGAGAAAGGGGGAAUGAUAAUGCUAUGUAUGUAUUUAUAUACAUAUGUUUUAAUGAACACGCAACAUAAAUAUAUAUCAUACGUUUUUUGUUCAUAUGCGUAAAAUUGUCAAAAAUUCAUUGCCGAUUAGUGCAUUUUACUCUACAACAAACCGUUUGGCUGGUAUUUAAAUCGUUAUUAGGUGGAGUGGUAUUUUAUAUUUCAUCUUUACUAUGAAAGCUUUAAUGGCACCCACAGCAUUAAUAGCUAAAAUAGAAACAACAGACGAUUAUUGAUACUAUAGAAAGGCGCAAGCACACACAAAAAUAAGAGAAAAAACUAAUAAUACGUUAUUGACAUGGAUACCACUAAUUCAAAUCCAACUGGAACGCCGGUGUUAAAAUCGCUUGCUGCCUCAAGCGUUCUACAGGAGUCACGCGCUCUUUUAACGCAACUUGACAGUGUAGAAGCAGCUAAAGCGGUUCUUCCUGCGAACGCGGCUAUCGUGAGUGCCAACAAAAAUCAACUACAAGAUGAGACGAACACACUUGGUACGAUUGCAGUGGUAAGUGAUCAACCAGUCACUUCAACACUUACGUCGAUAACAAUGCCAAACACAACGGCUGUGGGACUGAACCUGCCGCCACCUACACCGAAUUUAAGUGUUGCAGGAUCUGCAACUGAUGUUGAUUUAUUGAGUUGUUUGCUCCCAGCGCCGUCUUCAUUUGUAACUGCUGGUCUAAUACCAACGUCAACACCACCACCUCACACCUCUUUAGACCAAACAGCACCAGCAGCACUAACGCCUGCACCAUGUGCAAGUGAUUUUGACUCUGACACGGAAUUGUCAAUCGUAGCAGCAACAGCUGCAACAGAAGUUGCGUCCACAGUAGACAACUCGACCACUUCACCAAUCUCAACCUUAUCGUCCGCACCAGCUCAAACUGCAUUAUUAGCAACCACAAACGGCCACAUCAACAGCAACAACACCUCCAGCAGUUGUCCUCAACUGAGUCUUAACACAAAACAGCAGCGCCAACAAAAACGACGGCGUGAGCGAGCCCAGCGCCUGCAGGCAGAGCGCGAUAGUCGAUGCAAUUUAAGUGCAUUAAGUGGCACUCUAAUUGCAGGAUCUGUUGGUGUGGGCGUUAGCCUUGGUAUUGGCGCUGUUACUGGUAGUAGCAGUGGCGGUAUCAUUGGUUCGGUUACUGCACCUAACAUAAUAAUGGGUAACUCUAGCGCAGUGGCUCCUGGGAAUAGCUUACUAUACAACCUCAAUAGUGCUGGUAGUAUGGGUGAAGAUAGCAAUAAUUCCAAUGGAAAUUUUACUAGCAGUAGUAACGGUAGUAACAAUUUACUACCACCUACGGACAGCAUUGCAUCACUGCUAUUAAAUCCGCCACAUUCGCCCGAAUGUAAUUCUGGUCUUAUGGCCACCCCUAGUGACAGCGAAGGUGAAUCACUGGAUGAAGAUCUUCUUUCAACAUCAUCAUCGUCAACAUUGCUGCUUCCGCGCGAUAAGCCCCCACCAAGGCCGCCACCUCCAGUUCGCCGAAAAUUGCCAAGAUCACCUGUCCUAGAAGAGGAGAUUAUUGAUGGAUUUGCCAUAUUAGAGUUUAAAACUUACGAAGAUCUUGAGUUUGCUAUUAAAUUGGGUCAAAAACGCAAGGAAAAGCGGCUUUCGGCAUUGGAAGAACUGACGUGCACCUAUAGCAUAGAGGAGAUGAAAAUGCCGAAGAUCAUCGAUACUGGCCAACCGCACACACUGCGAACUACCAAUCUAUCCAGUUUGUCUAUUGUAAGCAACAAUAAUUUAAAAGAAGUUAAUCACCACCAACAUCGCGGUGUCGGUGCUGGGAUGGGGGGCACAAUUGUGGCUACGUCUAACAGCAUUAGUACUAACAUUAACAAUAAUACAGCAAAUAACAACAAUAGCAAUACGGUAUAUACUGUGCCAUUGGCAAGUAUGUGUAACGCACCGGACACGGAAGCAGAUAAUUGGGUAGAAGAUCCAUAUCGACAACAGCAGGAUCAGCUAAGCGGGAGUGCCAGUACUAUUAGCAUUGACAUUAACAGCAAUGCAAAUCAAAAUCAAAUUAGUAAUAAUCAACAUUUGAACCAUUUAACCCAAUCUAAGCAAACCGCAUCCUCUGUCAUCAACAUAAACAAUACGACUAUCCCAGGAGCCGUAAAUACUGUCACUGAUAGCUGCCUUCUGGAUAAUGGUAAUGCAAAGCUAUCCAUUGGUUCGGUCGUGCCACACAUAAAUCUUAGUGAUAAUGGAAAUGAAAGUAGUGGUAGCGAGAGUAAAUCUCAAAAUACCAAGAAUGCUAACCAACCAAAUAAUGUGGCAGCAGAAUAUAUUAGCAUUAAGAGCACAAAAUCAAAUGAUGCUACCACAUUAAACAGUCGUCUAAAGGUUAUUUCGUCCUCAUGUCCAAAAAUCAAAAAGCUGAAUGGUUUAGAAUGCAGUAAAGCAGAUGUAAUUGCUACAGAAGCUGUCGCAACGGGACUGACGUUGGAAAUUCAAGACUUUACGAACAGUUCAGCGAAGGUUGUAGGGGCCAGUCUUUUGCUUCAAAAGGAUAACGAUCUAAAUGAAAGUUUUACUGAUAAUUCAAAUCACUGCACUAGCAACUUCAACGAAACUAAUAUCUGUGAUAAGACUAACGGCGGGAAUAAGAAUCCAGAAAACUUGGUAGCUUUUGUUUUUCCUUCAACGCCAAACCAUAUGUCAAACGAUGCGCUUCAACAAUCAUCAACGCGCAAUUCAACGGAAUAUCCACAACCACAGACUACUCGUACGGAAUGUGUAGCUGCAAAUGUGUGUGGUAACGAUAUACCGGUAUUAUCGCAAGAUAUAAGUACACUGUCAAACACUUUACCUGGUGUUGGAGCAAAUGGGUCUCUUACAGUUGCCGGCGAGAGUAUUACCGAAUCUGCUGGCUUACAACAAACCGUCAGUGUGGUACCACCAACACUUCUGACGACGAAGUCUGCAACAGGUCAUGGGAAUAAUCAAAAACUAAGUACGGGAACAGAUAAUUUACAGCAUACCAUACACCAUCCUGCGGCAACAUCUGCACAAGUGACUAGCCUUACUAUUUCCGCUGGUUGCGAGUCAUAUCUUACAUCAGAAGCCGGACGAUGCGGACUUGAACUGACGUCAUCGGUAAAUGCUCAAGGAAUUACUCUAAGCAACAAAAUGGUAACGCCACUUGGGAUGGAGACUCCAGUGCAAAAGCCUACGAUUCCUUUGGGUACUCCCCUAACUUCCGUCACAAUAGCACCAUUACAUGGUUCAUUCGGCGAGCGAACUUCCAAUUUAUUGCUUGCAGCCAAUAUUAAAUCUAAUGAUAAUGCAAUGCUGAGCAUGGAUGGGCUAGGAACAGCUGCAUCCCUAGAUUCACAGAAGACCACUAAUAGCUCAGUACCCACGUCUACAUCCUCAAUUGCUAAUGGAUUCCUUUCUGGUCAUACAUCUGUUACUUGUGCAACAUCAAAUGUUGGAAGUGUUCUUUCACAUAUCGCUCCACACUCGGGAAACAAGGUGCUUUCUGUUCCUAUGACUUUGCCACCUAUUACGGCAGUUAGUUCUGGCGCAGCUGCGGCCUCCGGCAUUGCAAAAACAUCAGUUAGUACAGGAAGUAGUCCAGUUGGGGCAGCAGGAUCUUCAUUGGUAUUUCAUGGUGCACCCCCACUGAUGCCUCAUUCGGGUGCAGGCCUACCUAUGCUAAUUCAAGCUACACCAUACCGUACUUCCUUUCCCCACUAUUCAGCUUUAUAUACACCAUAUAAUAACAUAGCACAUGGACAAUACCUGUCGCAAGUGAUACCCAUAGGGUCUUCUAAUACCUCGUCGUCGCCUCAGCGUUCGGAUGCUCGCAACAGUCGAGAGUCGGCGACAACAUCAUCUUUAAAAGCACCAGUAACAAGUGCAUCUACACAUCAUCAGUACAGUGUCAGCGGCAUCGGAGGAAUGCGACCUAUUACGCCACUUGGUUAUGUGAUUUCCAAUAAUAAUACAACCCAGGUAUUAGGGACAAUGGCUACAACAACGGUAACGACAGUACCUUUGUUAAAUUCGACGCACUCACGACACUUAACAGCUAACGCCGCAGGUGCGUUUGGGGUGACAACCACCGGAUCAGCUAUUGCAACAUCACAAUUGUCUACAUCCUCCGGAAUUUCAGUUGCGGCUACUUCACAAUUACAACAAUCUGCACCAAUGCAAAUGCUUCCACAAACUGGGUAUCCAACCCACCUUCCUCAAGUACUAAGCUCAUAUCCACAGUUCGCACCUUCAACGUCGACACAACAGCAGCCACUUUUACGUUGCACUACCACUUCUGCCAAUGGCAUCAGUAAUACUUCAGUUCUUACUGUACAAAGUUUAAUGACGGCGAUGCCGUCGACGUCAUUAACCGCAUCUAUAGCAUCGUCAUCUGUGAUUCAAAAAAUAGUUUCGCCCAAAAGCGGGAGCCCUAGCAGAGAUCGGGACACAAGCUACAGCAUUACAGCCGUGCGUCCAAGUAAUAGCGUGUCGGUGUCAGGCGGACCACCAGGCAUUACAUUUGGCCCAGCAUUUUGCAGCUUAGUGUCGUCGACACCCUACAAUGCCGUUUCUGCUUCGUCAUCGACUACGUUGUCAUCAGCAACACAUUCAGUUCUAGCAGUUGGCGGACAUAGUAUAUCUGCAUAUACUACAAAGACAGGACUCUGGUUAAACCCUUCAGUUAUGCAGACGUCGGCAAUGACAUGUACACCAUCAAUUCCCAUUGUGUCUAGUGGAAACGCUCGACCAUUACCCUCACCUCUGAACUCUGUUGCCACAGGGACACCUGCACGAGUAGCUGGAAAUGCAAUUUCACCUCAAGCGGUACAUUCCACUGUUGGCAGUGGGCAUGUUCCAAUCCCUAAUUUUCAGGCCACAUAUUUUGCUACGCCCCAUGCACCAUCACAUUCAUCUUCAGCUGCUACCAUUUCCAUUGCAGCAAGUAGCAACAGUUCAGUUUCUCAUUUACCUUUAGUACCCCACACAACGGCUGUUAUUGCGACGAUGACCACAGCGACAACGACGACAUCAUCAAUCAGUACAAUGGGUAAUACACAAUCAAAUGUAGCAACGGUAACCACAGCAGUUACACCUACACCACACCCAUUUUCCGCAGAAUCUCUUUUCCAGCCAAGCAAAAAUGAUCAAGCGGACUUAUUGCGUCGCGAGCUUGACAGUCGCUUUUUGGAUCGCUCUGGCUUAACCCAACCUCCUACAGCGUCCUCGUCGACAUAUUUGCGGCAAGAAUUGCACCAUCAUCAACAUCAGCACACGCACCUGCAUCAACAUUCUCAGCUUAUGCCGGCGCCACCUAUGUCAGCCACUAGCACUGUACUGCCGCCCACGACACCCACUUCAGCACAGAUUUUUCCACCACCACUAUUUAAAGACAUUCCCAAAGUAGCUGCUGUCGACCCGCAGUUUUAUCGUGCUGGUAUCGGACUACCUCCUGGAUAUUCGGGAUAUAAUCCAACAGGUCUUUUGCAUAGUGGUUUGGGAGGACCAACUCCAUUUAUGCCACCCAAUCAUUUGACUACAUUUGCCCCAAAGAAAACUGGACGUUGGAAUGCUAUGCAUGUCCGAAUUGCGUGGGAAAUUUACUAUCACCAAAACAAACAAAAUUCUGAAAAAACUGUGUCCAUUGUGGGUUCUAGCCUUAACAACAACGGUAGCAGUGUAAACUCUGGGACUUCUGGUGCAACUAGUAGCGCGCUUAGUAUGAACACAGCUACUGUGGGUAUACCUGCAAGCAACAUAGCUGUUUCCGCGACCAGUGUCGUUGUGGCCAGUGGACCCGCAACAUCACUUAGUAUGAAACCCUCGACUGCGUUGACCCUAAGUUCAACGUCACCGCACCUUCUACAUCGAUCAAGUGAACUGACAUCAGCUGCGUAUGCCAGAUCGCCAUUUGAAGCUUCACCACUUGCUGCAAGUUUUCUAGGUGCACCACCUAGUCAUAUCGGUACAGCGGUUUCCCCGUUUGGCCGGUACGUGGGAUCAUUCGGAUUUGCCGGUCUAACACAUUUUGGACGGGAUAUUUCGUUGGGUGGACAUUUGGAUACGUGGAGAACUAGUUCAGUUCCUCGCUCUAUGCCGUACCAUCCUGCAGCUACCGCUGGACCAAGCUGCUGGCCAAUUAAAUCCGAUCCCGCCCUGGAAAAUGCACGACGGGAAGCAGAAGAUCGAGAACGAGAGCGAGAGAUACGAGAACGUGAGCAGAGAGAGCGCGACCGGCAGAGACGAGAACGUGAAGAACGCGAACGCAAAGAAAAAGAAGAAAAAUUAAAACGGGAGCAGCAGGAACGUGAGAGAGAACGAGAACGCGAACGUGAGCGCAAAGAGCGUGAACGACGUGAAAUAGAACGCCGCGAAAUCGAACGUGAACGUUUGCUACAGCAACAGCGGAUCAGCGAGAACAAUAAGCAGGCGGCAACCGCGGCCUCUUCAUCCACACCUCGGGAUCGCUCACCUCAUCGUAGCAUUUGUGAACUUAAUGCUGAAAUACGCAUCAAAGAAGAACAUCCUCGCACAAAAGACGAGCAAGAUGUAAUGCUUAUGCGUGCUUCAGCGGCAGCUGGUGUAGGGGAUCCACGCUAUCAUCCCCCUUCGCUCGUAACUGCUCAGGCAAAUGCAGCAGUUGCAGCUGCACAUCAUCAUGCAAAUUUCUUAGUUGCGGGGCGACAUGGGUUACCGCCACCAUCACACCUUACCCGAAAUUUGAUGCCACCUUCGUUGGGUGUUAGUGGACCACUAGCACAUUUUGGUCCGCCUGGCCCGCCAACAUGGGGUAUUGAUCCAUAUCGUGAUCCAUACGCUCCUAUUUUACGAUACAACCCUAUAAUGGAGGCUGCUUUUCGUCACGAAGCAGAGGAACGUCAAAAAGCCUUAAGCAUGUAUGCAGCGCAAUCGGCAGCUCAUCUAAGAGGUAAGGAACCAAGUCCCAUACCGCCACCGUCAGUGGGUCCUUUAGGUCCGGCCACACAUCUUCGAAUGCAGCCACCUUCAGGUGUAAAUAUAAUUGCUUCAUCAAGUGCACCACCGCCUUCACAAAAUUCACAAACACAAUUGGCUACAAUUGGAAUUGGGAAGGGACCACCACAACCUUCAAUGAAUAUGGCAGUACAACACAUCAUAACUGGCGACUCCAUGAUUCAUCCAUCCGUAGCAACUAAAAAGGAAGGUGAACAGAGUAUGGGUUUAGUGGUUAAUGCGCCUGGUACAAGUGUUAACCAUAGCAGUGUACCUGGAAGCAUAAUAGGCAUAACACCGGCGUCACCAAUAACGCCAAGUCGAUGAUAACCUUCUAGGAAAACUAUACAAAACUUUUUUAAAUAAUAGAAAUUUUAAAAAUUUCAAUCACUUCCAUCCCAAUGUCAAUAAAAAUUUGUACUCAUUUGCCCUACCUCUAAAUUACACCCUUAGCCUGAGGAAAAAUCAAGAUAGUAAGCGCGACGCUUUUGUAAUAUAAAAAAAAUGAAAAUAUUUAUUAACUUAAUUUUAUUGUGGCGAGAUACAACUGUUUAAAUAAAAAGGUAGGCUAAAUAUUUAAUCUAAUCAACAUCAAGAAAGGUGGAAAAAAUAUUUCCACUUCACUGUAUUUUGUUUUAUGUGGGCUGUAAGUUUUCACAGCAAGUUGCUUCCCAACUACAUCUAUACGUAGCGGCACACACUAUAUACGUACUCGUAUAUGCAAAUAUUAUACCUUAAGUUUAUUUAAUUCACCGAUUACCUAUUAGUUUAAAUUAGAUAUUUAGGUUUGGUAUGCUUUAAUGCAUUUGUAUUAUUUGUAAAAUGUGAAAUUGAUGUCGACAAGUAUUUAAAUGAGGAGAAAAAUAUACUCAGAUGUACAUACAUAUACAUGCAGACAUACGUAUAAUAACCACAUACAUAGUAAUACAAAAUACGCGAAUAACUCAUUAAUUCAAUUUCUGUAUACUAUAAUAUUGCAACCUGUGGAAUCAUACCAUACCAUUCCAAUCGUGCAUUAUGUUUUUCCAGUUGUAAUUUCAUGUAUGCCGGUAAUGUAUAUAAUUUUGAAAAAAAUGAUAAUAGAAACAUUGCUAUUAACUGAGAAAAAGUGAUUUUAUUUUCCAAAUUAUGCUGUGUAAGUUGCCCAUCUAUCUAUCUAUCUAUUUUAUACUUUGAAAGGUCAAAGUUAUAGUGAUGAAAUAUACAAAAAUAUGACAUUUUUAAUAUAUCUGCGCUACAUAUAUCUGAAUUUUUUACAGAAGCUUACUUUUUAUACGCUCUAGAAUUUUGAUCAGCAUCAUGUCCGUCCGUCCCUCCG